AUGAAAGACGCGUGGUUCGUCGCUCUCUGCGUUAUUGCCUUGUUUACAAUUAUUGAAGCUAAGCCUAGGACGCAUGGUUCAGGCUCCUACGACUAUGACAGUUACGAAGGACAUAUGUAUGGAUCUGGUGUCGGAUAUGGUAGUGGCAGUUACGGCGCAGGUGGGAUUGGUGCCGGUAGGCCUUGGAUCAAUAGCCACCGCGGUAGCGGCUCCAGCGGUAGAGAUAUGAGCGGUGACAGGCGUGGUAGCGUUACUAGAAGACCUAGUUGGAAAUGGCACAGUUCAGAAGAGCUUGAAGAUUUGAGCUUCUCAAAGCAGAUGGCUUUAAGAAGAUCAAAUCUAUGCUCCGAGUCAGGAUGCAUAAGCGUAGGAAAUGGACACCAUAAUACUAACACUGUCGAUAUUGUUACGAAA